AUGGACAGCGUCAAGGGGAAGUCUGCCAUGCUGAUGACGAAGGGCAUCAUGGAAAUGCGUCAAAAUCCACCAGGACUUGUCUGCAUUAUCCGAAGGUUCAAACACCCUGAAACGCACAAGGAAGUGACGUUGUAUCCCAUCCCAAACAUAGCGGCCCCACACUAUUUCCGGCGUGUUCUUGAUGGUGACCACCUCGCACAGAAGUUCGAUACAAUACUUUGUGAAGACGGUAGGCUGCCGUUUCAAGCGGGGUCACGCUUGGCCAGGCAGCAACAGUUUCUGAAGCGUGUAUUUCCCUUUGUGGGUCUCAGACCUGUGGCGGUGGAUGGUAGUAAAUUUGACGGCAUUAUCCAGCGCGACCCAGUGGAGUCUCGUAUGGCAUACCAGAUGGUGCUGGAUGGUGCGGACCCGCCGGUGGAUCCAAGGGCGCGACGCGCUAUGGAACGCAUCGACACAUACGCUGACAGUACGCGAACGGUGUGUCCAUGGGGUGUGUAUCAUGUAGUGUACAUGGACCACAAGCUGCGCCAGCUCGGCUACGCUGUUGAGAGUGAGGAGGUGGUGGAGGUGGUGGGGUAUAGGGAGGCCGCACUGGUGAUGGCCGUCAUGGGGCUGUUGACCUUCUGGAUGGCCUAUGCACUCUUCAGGAUGUUGUUUGGGUGA